UGGUACCCACGGUCGUGAGGAGGAGGAGGAUGUUGCGCGUGAAGGGGAAAUGGCUGCCGAAAACAAGCCGGAAGGACUGAAGAAAAUUCGUAAUCCGGAUCGAAUGUACAGAUCAGCUGUGUGUUAUGCUGGCCAUGGUCCUCCUAAGAGUAUCAGUGAUGACACAGAGAUGAACAAUGAACAUGGACAUUUGAAAAUAUACCUGCCCAAAAAGUUGCUUGAAUGUCUACCAAAAUGCUCCUCUCUGCCAAAGGAAAGACAUCGUUGGAACACCAAUGAGGAGAUUGCAGCCUACUUGAUAACGUUUGAAAAGCAUGAGGAAUGGCUAACGACAUCCCCUAAAACAAGGCCACAGAAUGGGUCGAUGAUAUUGUACAACAGGAAGAAGGUGAAAUACAGAAAAGAUGGCUACUGCUGGAAGAAGAGGAAAGAUGGCAAGACCACGCGGGAGGAUCACAUGAAGCUGAAAGUCCAGGGAGUGGAGUGUCUGUAUGGCUGCUACGUCCACUCCUCCAUCAUUCCCACCUUCCACCGCAGGUGCUACUGGCUGCUCCAGAACCCUGAUAUUGUGCUUGUCCACUACUUGAAUGUUCCAGCCAUAGAGGAUUGUGGGAAGCCAUGUGGGCCAAUACUGUGCUCCAUCAACACAGACAAGAAGGAGUGGGCCAAGUGGACCAAGGAGGAGCUGAUUGGCCAACUCAAACCCAUGUUUCAUGGCAUCAAGUGGACUUGCAGCAACGGGAACAGCAGCUCUGGCUUCUCAGUGGAGCAGCUGGUGCAGCAGAUUCUGGACAGCCACCAAACCAAGCCACCUCCCCGGACUCACAACUGCCUCUGCACAGGCACCCUGGGCGCAGGGAGCAGCGUGCAUCACAAGUGCAACAGCGCCAAACACCGCAUCAUCUCCCCCAAGGUGGACCCCCGCUCCGGGGGCUACUGCAGCAACCACUCCGAGGUCCAGAACAACGACGUGUCGGAGGGCAAGACGGAGCACAGCAGCCAUGGAGGGGGCAAGAGCUCUGGGGGAGGAGGAGUGGGAGGGGGCAGCGCCCGGGAGAAACGCAACGGCAAGGUCCACAAGCCCGUGCUGCUGCACCAGAACAGCACCGAGGUCUCCUCCACCAACCAGGUGGAGGUGCCCGACACCACGCAGAACUCCCCGGUCUCCAUCAGCAGCGGGCUGAACAGCGACCCAGACAUGGCCGACAGCCCCGUGGUGACCGGCAUGAGCCACGUGGCCUCCGUCAUGUCCAGCCUGUCCCAGAGCGUCUUCAUGUCGGAGGUGACCGGAGACCCCGUCUACAGCAUGUCUCCCACCGCGGGUCCCAACGCCCACCUCAUGGGCCCUGAUGCAGCCUCCCAGGGCAUGGUGCUGUCUGUCACCUCCGACAGCCACAAGUUUGCCUUCCCUGGCGGAGGGGCCGGGGACGCCGGGGCUGCGGGGGGAGCGGAUGGCCUGGCCAUGCUGUCUGCGGCCGGGGUGUCCGAGGAGCUGGUCCUCUCCAGCAGCCUGGACUCUGGAGCCAUCAAGAUCCCCGAGACCAGCAUGAACUUUGACCCUGACUGCUUCCUGAACAACCCCAAGCAGGGCCAAACCUACGGGGGCAGCGGGAUGAAGAGCGAGGGCGGCUCCUCGUCGGCCUCCUCUUGCUCCGGGGGAGGCGGCAGCACCAACGGCAGCCUCCGCUCGCCGCCCAUGUCUGACAACAGCUACGGCUUCAACUCCGCCCUGGUGAAGAACAUCAAGACGGAGGACACGUCCUUUGAGCAGCAGCUGGCCAAGGAGAGCGGCUACCAGGUUGGGGCGGUGGUGAGCUGUGGAGGUGGAGUGUCUGUGUCCUCCGGGGCUGGCCCAGCACAGGGCUCCCUCUCCCUGACCCCUGCAGGCUCCCUGCUGCCCUCUGGAGGAGGCCUGAGCCCCAGCACCACCCUGGAGCAGAUGGACUUCAGUGCCAUCGAUGCCAAGCAGGACUACUCGGCCAGUGCUGCCUCUGUGGCCUACGGUCAGGCCAUGUCCAGCCCUCACCUGAGCCACCAGAGCCGCUCACCCAGCUUCUUCCUCCAGGACACCUCUCAGGCCGGCCGCCCCCAGAAGACCCACAUGAUGGAGCACAACUCCCACGAUUCUGGAGCCUACCUGGGUCUGCAGGUGGUAAAGACUGACUCCCCUGGCAGCAAUGGGCACCUCCACCACCACCACCAGAGCCACCAGGGCCAGCACAGGGCCAACUGUAAUGGGGGCUCUCCCACAGAGGGGCCCGGGCAGGCUGGCUCUCUCCAGCUGCUGCAGUACCAGGGGGGCUUCCCUGGUCUGGGGCCGGAGCAUGAGGAGGUGGUGGGUCUGGAGCAGCCAGGCAGCGUGGGCUCAGGCCAGGCUGGGGUCAAUGAGAAUGGGGCGGAUGGUCUACUCAAGCCUGGCGAUCACAUGCAGGCCUGUGGCGGGGGCAACGGAGAGGGAGGGGGGACGGAGCACUACCUUCAGCAGGCCUCUGACGGCGGGGGAGGAGGGGGAGGAGGAGGGGAAGGAGUGUCCCUACGCAAUGGAAACGGCGGCAACGAUGGCUCUGGGCGCUCCCAGCAACAGCUGCAGCCCCUCCUGCAGGGGCCAGGCAUGGUGCAGGGCCUCUACAAUACCGUGGGAGCCCACCAGGGCCUGGCUGGGCCGGGCAACAACGGCGGGGCCGGAGGGGGAGGCAUGGAGAUCAGCCUGGACCACUUUGACAUCUCCUUUGGAAACCAGUUCUCUGACCUCAUCAACGACUUCAUCUCUGUGGAUGGCAGUGGUGCCAGCAUGGCAGCAGGCGGAGCCCUCUACGCCCACCAGCUGGUGGCAUCACACGGCUCUGACGGGCAGGCUGCAGCUAGCGGUGCCCCCCAGCAGGGCCAGGAGGAUGGGGGGCCCCGGGGGUCCGGGUAUAGUCCCUCAGAGCUCUGUCUGCAGCCCUGCUGCAGCCCCCAGUCCAUGGGUGGAGGGGCUGGAGGGGCCGGUGGAGAGCAAGGCUCCCUGGCCUACAUGCAUGUGGCGGAGGUGGUUUCUGCAGCCGUGGCCCAGGGAGCUCUGGGCAUGCUACAGGCCACAGGCAGGCUCUUCAUGGUCACAGACUACUCCCCUGAAUGGUCCUACCCUGAGGGUGGGGUUAAGGUGCUCAUCACUGGCCCGUGGCAGGAGGCCAGUUCUAACUACAGCUGCCUGUUUGACCAGAUCUCUGUCCCUGCCUCUCUCAUCCAGCCUGGGGUGCUGCGCUGCUACUGCCCAGCUCAUGACACAGGGCUGGUGACACUGCAGGUUGCAGCCAGUAGCCAGAUCAUCUCCAACUCUGUGGUGUUUGAAUACAAGGCCCGUGCCCUGCCCUCACUACCCUCAUCCCAACACGACUGGCUUUCACUGGACGACAACCAGUUCAGAAUGUCCAUCCUGGAGCGUCUGGAGCAGAUGGAGCGGAGGAUGGCAGAGAUGGCCAGCCACCACCAGCAGAGCAGCGGAGGGAGCGCUGGGCCGGGAGGAGGAGCAGGUGGAGCCGGGGGAGGAGGUGGUGAAGGAGGAGGUGGAGGCACCAACACCCAGUCACAGUGUGUGUCGGGCCAGGCUGACAGCUCUUUUGAGAGCCGUGUGGUGGUGGUGUGUGAGAAGAUGAUGAACCGGGCCUGCUGGGCCAAGUCCAAACACCUCAUCCACUCCAAGACUUUCCGAGGAAUGACCCUCCUCCACCUGGCCGCAGGGCAGGGAUACGCCACCCUCAUCCAGACUCUCAUCAAAUGGCGCACCAAGCACGCUGACAGUAUUGACCUGGAGCUGGAGGUGGACCCUCUAAACGUCGAUCACUUCUCCUGCACCCCUCUGAUGUGGGCGUGUGCCCUGGGUCACCUGGAGGCAGCAGUGGUGCUGUACAAGUGGGACCGGCGGGCCCUGGCCAUCCCAGACUCGCUGGGGCGCUUGCCCCUGUCCAUCGCCCGCUCCCGUGGACACACCAAGCUGGCCGAGUGUCUGGAGCAGCUGCAGAGAGAGGAGCAGCAGCCUCCCGCCCCUCUGCCCCCCACCUCCCGCAUGUCCUUUUCCCCGGCCCCUGACGUCCCCACCUCAGACAGCUGGAUGGUCACCUGGGCCAGUGACGGCGUGGUGGCCCCCAGUGGGAAGAAGGGAGGUGCUGCUACCACAUCCACCUCCAGCACCACCAACCUCAACCCAGACCUGAGGAGGCCCAGGUCGGAGCCCUCCAACUACUACAGCAGCGAGUGCCAGAGAGACCUCCCCCAGGCCAAGAAACACAAGCCCAACCCUGAACUGUUCCAGAGCAGGCCAGACAAGGCCAUGUCUGUCCCUCUGAGUCUGGAGCAGCAGCAACUCCACAGGCUGUCCUCCAGCCCCAAGAGCACAGACAAGGGCCUCUCCGGAGGGGCCAGUGGUGGAGGGGCCAAGUGGAGCUCCAGGGAGAGCUUCUCCAGCGGGGGCUCGGGGAGGAAGAGUGCCGGGGCCGGGGGCAGCAGCCUGGGAAAGGAGAGGCUGGCCAGCCGUCUACGCCAGCGGGAGCAGCUGGGGAUGCUCGUCAUGGCUGAGAGGGAGAUGGUGGACACAGAGUUGCUGUCCUACAGGGAAGAUCUGGUGAACCAGGACUGCCUCACACAGAUGGACGACCUGCAGGCCAACAUGAUGACCCUGGCAGAGCACAUCAUCGAGGCCACCCCAGAGAGGAUCAAGAGGGAGAACUUUGUGGCUAUGGACUCCGUUCCUCUGGACAGCACUGGGGUCAGCAACACCAUGAGCUGGCUAGCCAAUUACCUCGGUGACGUGGAGCACCUGCCCAGCAUCAUCCACCUACGAUCGCUGUACAGUGAGCCCCUGACCCCGUCCUCUAACCCCAGCCUCAGCCCCGGCGGUUCUCCCCUGAGGGAGGGGCCUCAGGAGAGGCCUACCCUGCCCUCCCCAGCCGACUGGAGCGAGUUCAUCAGCGCCUCCAACAGCAAGGUGGAGCGAGACCUGGCCCAGCUGACACUCUCCGACCCGGAGCAGAGGGAGCUGUACGAGGCUGCCCGGCUGGUCCAAACUGCCUUCCGCAAGUACAAGGGACGCCCGCUCAGAGAGCAACAGGAAGUAGCUGCUGCUGUCAUUCAGCGUUGUUACAAGAAGUAUAAACAGCUAACAUGGAUAGCCUUGAAGUAUGCACUUUAUAAGAAGAUGACGCAGGCCGCCAUCCUUAUCCAGAGUAAGUUCCGCAGCUACCACGAGCAGAAGAAGUUCCAGCAGAGCAGGAGGGCGGCCGUGCUCAUCCAGAAAUACUACCGCAGCUACAAGGAGUUAGGCCGGCUGAAGCCCCACCGCAGAGGGGCAACCACACUGGUGCAGCACAAACUGAGAAGUAGUCUGCUCACUAAGAGGCAGGACCAAGCCGCUAGGAAGAUCAUGAGGUUCCUUCGCCGCUGCCGCCACAGCCCCUUGAUGGACCAUAGACUGUUCAAGCGGAGUGAAAGAAUUGAAAAGGGCCAGGGAACAUGAGAGCCCUCAGAGGAGCCCCCUCGCCAUGUGACAUCACUCUCCUGACUCUUCUUUUCUUUUUCUGUUUGUACCCAAGACAUUUUACAAGAGAAGAAAAAAUAUCGAUGAAAACACUGCGAUUAUUGUCAUGAUUACUACUGCAGAGCUACUGAUUCUACUUCUAUUAUUACAUGUACAACGGCAUUUUUUCACAUAUCCUUUCUUCCCUCUGACAGUUGGAGAGUGGCAGCCUCUGUAGGAUACUAAACUAAUGGGGAGGAUGUGGAGGAGGGGAGGGGGGGUUCAGAACAUUUGCUUCAUGGCAUUUUUUGCACUUUUUCAUGGAUUGCUUUGUCUUUUUGGGAUUAUGGAGAUGCUGUUGAUGGCAAAGAAAUAGAAUACUGGACAUGACUGGAGAGGUCCCUCCUCUGGAUUAUAAGAAGAUGAGACAGAGAAAAAGGAACCAAUGCAGAAACAAUAGGACUUGGCUCUAAUUGUAUUUCAUAACUUUUUAAGUGACUAAUUACUCCAUUUUAAGAUAACAUGUACCAAAUGUACCAAAAAUUAUUGUUAAUACAUUGACUCAUUAGCACACAUACAUCCCCGUCCACUGCUAGAUGAAUACAUUCAAUACACUGAACAACAAUUUCAACAAUCCUUCCUGUUCCACUGAGCUCCGGCCCUGGCAGUCUGUCCAUGGUGGAGCUCCAUAUGAAUGUAGGAGGGGUAUUAAGCAGAAACAGGGGAGGGUUAAAAAAAGCAGACUUUCUUUUCUAGGUUUGGGGUAUAUUAUGUAUGGCAUGGAAGGGGGUUGAAUUCAAGGAAAUUACCAAAUUUGGGAUUUUUCUAGAAAUAUUAUUGCUUUAUCCUUUUUAUAUCCUUUUUUGCUUGAAUUUGAUCUAUGCUCAUGUCCAAUUAUUGCUUACCUGUCUCUUUGGAAUUCUGUCUUGUUGAAACUAAUCCUGAAAAAAUGCAUGCCUUGAGACGAAGUCUUCGUCUUUGUGCUUGUAAUUAGGUCUGUAUCCUCUGAUUUUCAAGGUUUAGCCUUUGUCUUACAUGUUCCAGUUGAGUCCACAUUCCCACCUAGGCUACUGCCCCACGAGUCAUGCCCUCUAGUUACUCUAAAUUUUCUUAACAUUGUUCGUAACAUUUUUAUUUUGGCCUUAUUUCAUUUGUGUUCUCCACGGUAUUCUAACAAGACAAAGAACUUGCCUCUUUUGUGUUGUAAUGAUUACAGUCAUAAAGGUUAUUGUUGUUCUUUUUAAUGAACUUCAGAGCCUGUGAGGGCUUUUGAGGGGAAGAUCACAUACAUUGCCUUGACGUCUUAGAGAUUCUUUGAGGGGUCCCUAAGCUAGUCCCAAAAUAGGGGUUUGACAAAUCCAUAUUUUUGACAAUUGAGCAGUUUCUGUAUAUAAAGAAGGCUGAUGGUAAGUAGGGAAAAACAUUUACCCAAAGGGGAUUGUAUUUUAGAAAUAUAUUAUUUUAUUCAUUAAAAAGGGGUCAAAAACAGGUACGAGACAAAAACAGAAUAUUUGUAUAGUUUUGUUUGAAUGCCUAAGAAGUAUGGUUGUAUUGUUUGUAUAUAGUGUAAAUACCUGGGAUAAAAAUGAGCUAUGUGCAUGAAAACCAUGAACAGAGUUAACAGAAAAGAUCAACACAAGCAGUAGUGGCUAUGCUCUGUAAAAUGAUUCAAACUAUUUCACUAUAAGAGUAUUUUAUUUUAUUUUGAUUGUUCUUGAGAAGAACAUUUUGCUAAAGCAUGACUUUAUUGCAAAUACUAAAAGGUAAAAAAGAUACUGUAUUUAGAGUUAGGAGAAAACCUGCAAAACUAUCUAAAAACAAGUAUGGUUAUGUUUACAUUUUUUGUUUUGGGCUACCAAGAAUCUUUUGCCAAUGGUGCCAAGUAAUGUGAAUGCUAUAUUGCUUAAGAAGAGUAUUAAGUUAAUCUUUGCAGAACAGAUAAUCAUACAAUGAAAUACACACUAGCAUUGAAGACCAUAAAAUCACAACUGGCCGAGGAUCACAAAUAAAGGUGCAUACAGUAUUGCAGAGGCAGAAAUAUUCCACCAACUUUUAAGUCUCUCAUGUCUCAUCCAUAAUCACAGUAACCUAAGCUUUUUUGCCAUGACUGAACACUGGGGUUUGCUUGUCAAAACACGUUAAUGCAACAACAACAAAAUACUAAAAAUGUCUGUUUUAUUUGAUAUGUACAUUAGGGAGAGGGGUCUUGUUGUCUGUGUCUCUACGCAAGUUUGUAUAGAUCACAAAGAUUGUAUAUGACAGCCUUGUCCAUGCAAACCUCCACCAUUCAGUAGAUGGGAAAUGUCAAAUGAGCUUACUUGAAUUUUAAAUGUUCAGAAUUUACUGAAUCCUUGAAUUGUGUCAUCUGACAGUGGAAAUGAUUACUUCAUUUUACUGACAACUUCGGAUGUGUUAGCUCCCCGAGUUACCUAGGCUUUAGUUGACUUAACUCGAUUUAACUCCUACAAUUGUCACUCUAUCAAAUAGGUUGAUAGUUUCACUGACCGUGAUUAACAGUGGUCACAUUACAGUAUUGAGUGGAGGUCUAAUUGAAUAAGGCUGUCAAAGUCUGGACAAACCAUAAUCCUUGUCAAAACCUUUCUGGUCGUAGUGAAGGAAGAACAUGUGUAGCAUCUUUAGCUGAAAUUCUUGAGUACAAUUUGUGCUCACAAUGACUCACAGAGGGGAAUGCUGUUAGAGCAAUCCCAGGUGCUAAACAGGUUGUGUCAAUUGGACCACAAGUCAUUAGUAAAGAUGACCAGUAGAACAUCUUGACCCAGGUAAGGGUCAGUGAAGCAGUCAAUGAGCCACAGUGAAUGAUCUGAAAACAUGUUAAUGAAAGACCACACACGAGACACGUAUCAAGUAUCAUUAUCCACCUUUGAUAAAGAAUAUGCAUCAGGUUUCAUGGUAGGUUACUCGAAAGCAGUGCUGAAGUCGAGUAUAUUAUUUGAAUGGGAAAGCAUGUAACAUUCAGUAUACUGUUCUAAUGGUGUUUACUCCUGGUAUGGAAGUGUUGGCUGGUGCUAAAGGUUUCUUGCAGCCAGAAAGUGUAUUCUCCAUCCAGGUGAUCACGUGUAUUAUUCCAACAAGGUGUUAGAUCCAUCCAACUAGCAUUUCUGAAUUGCGAUCACAGAUCACUUCCCUUUUGGGUUCAUGCGAAUUCAUUAGGCUUACUGGGUAUCUCUGGAUUUGAUUUGCUGUUUGUUAAUCUGUUUGUGCUACUUUCACAUAUGUAAACCAUAUUUUCAGUGUUUAUGUAGAAAGUGCCUAUUCAUGUCCCAAUCUCACAAAGCCCGUUUUAGAAAGCAUGCAAAGUACCUAAUGCAGAGAUAGAAAGGUUUUGGAGAAGUAUCUUCAUCAGAAUUCAUAAGUCUUUAGGAAAACACUCUCACCAAGUACAUGACAUUACAACUGAAACCAUCCCCAAACACACACCAAACUGUAGUCAGAUGACAGUGUUGUUCCCUUUUCAACCUAGUGUCACCACAGUAUUACAUUUCUGGUUUUGUCAACACGCUAAGCUUUUAUCUGCUUUGUUCUAUUGGAACUGCCAGUUGAAACCAUGAGGAUUAGAAGUUCUAAAUCGGAUGCGGUUGAUUGCCUUGCAUUCAUCAUCCAGGUAGUGGUCAGAGUGAAUCAGAGCUGAUGCAAUGCAGAGGCAACAUGAGACAGUUUUCUUACGCUUGCAUGGGUUAAAUAGUUAACUGGUGACUGAAGUGCACCUAAAGCAUGCUUAUUUUUCUAGAAUCGGUAGUCAGAUAGACUUGUAAAAGACCUACUGUUCUGUAAAACGAAGAGAGUUGCUUGGAUGCGUCGCAAAAUUGAGAGAGAAAGGCAUGUGAUAGGAGGGCACAGUAGAACCCUAAAUAAACAACCAAUGUUUAAUCAGCAGAUUGACUGACAGCAUUUCCAUGGGGUAGCAUGAGGAUAUGGUUUUUUUUCUACAGCAAGUUUCAACCUUUUCAACCUAUUAUUUCAUUAAUUUGCAUCUUGACAGUGUGCUCCCAACUUCCAAUUGGUAGUUCUAGUAUACUGGACACUGACAGUAUACUGCAAGUAUUUUAAGUAGGCAACACACACACAUACAGAAAGAUACCAGAGGGCAGUGCAUAGACAGAACAGGCAUGCAGACAUGUCAAGGUAUACGUCUGACCGGUCUACUGAUCUACAGAGAUAGAGGAGACCUCAUGUUGUUCUCCUGGCUGAAGGCUGGCUCACCUCCCAUCUCUAUUUUACUCAGGGUGUCAAAAUGGGGAGGAGGAAACUAAGCAGGACACUAAUAGUUCACAUCUGUAAGCUCUGCAUUUUGACAUUGGAUACUGUAUGUUUUUAUCUUAGAUCUUUGUAGUUAGAAAAAUGAAAUCAAAAUACUACUGUGAUCCUGAAUACAUAUUUAAAUAUAUUUCCUAUCACAGAAGUAAUCCUUUAUUGCAACACCAGAGUAGCCAAACUUUAUAAUACAAUACAAAUUGUGUUCAAAAUAAUUACAUUUCAAGAGACAAGUUAGCUAUGUACUUUGGUACUGUAGUCUCAGAAGUACCUACUGUAUCAAUGAGAUAUGGUUUUAGGGAAAUAGUGGAAAUAGCUGCAAAUAUUUAAGUGUGUUUGAAUCCAUGAUUUUUAAAUG